AUGCCGAAGAUGCGAUUGGGCUGGUACGCCGGGGUGUCGACUGCCCUGGCGGGCUCAGUCGUGCUCUCAGCAUUUCUCCAGCGGCCGAACUUCUACUCGGCCAUGGUAUACCUUGCGCAGAGCAACUUCUGCUUGAUUGUCCUGGUCAACUUUACACUACUGCUGUACAGCAGCUUCCUAUACAGCCUAACCCGAGUAUGCUUUGGGCGCCUCCGCGCCGUCGAAGUCGAGCAACUCACCGAACGCGCCUGGUUUGCAAUCACAGAGACGUGCCUUGCCAUGACGAUAUUCCGGGAGGAGAUUGGGCCGUGGUUCUUGGUCAUGUUUGCCGCGCUCGUCAGCGGAAAGAUGUGGGGUUGGAUUGGGGACGGUCGCGUAGAGGUGUUGGAGCAGCAACCGCCAGCAAACCCUCGACUCUUCCACACACGACUCAGCUUCUCGCUCGCGCUAAGCUUCGCUUACGACGGUGCCAUGCUGUGGUAUAUCCUUAAGACGGUAAUUCAACAGGCCCGGCCCAACAUGAUGGUCAUGUUUCUCUUCGAGUUCGCGGUCUUGUUGACCACGUCUUGGCGGACCGGUGUACGAUACCUGCUAUCAUUGUUCGAGCAGUGGAUUAUCCAGGACCAGACCAAGAAGCGGUUGGCAGAGCGCAAGCGGGAGGUUCGUGAGCAGAGAGAAGCCACGACGAGGCAGAGAGAGCAGGCCGCCGCUGCAGGAGUGGAGGCACCUGUCGAUCAGGAGCCUCUACCUCACGAAGACGAUGUCGACGAGAUGGACAUUGAGGUCCCCGGAUGGGCCGCCAAGGGCGAGUGGGUGCUUUGGCUCGAUUUGAUCACUGACUUUGUCAAACUGGCCAUCUACGCCUCCUUCUUUAUCAUGCUCCUCAUGUUCUACGGCCUACCCAUACACAUCAUUCGAGACUUGUUCUUGACGUCGAGAGACUUCUUGAAGAGACUCAAUGCGCUACUGCGGUACCGCAAGGCCAUCCAAGAGAUGAAUAAAUACCCCGAUGCUACGGCUGCUGAGCUUGCCGAGGAGAACACAGCACCUCGGAGGGACCAUGGUGGUCGUCGUGCUCUCAGGAUACAGAUCGGUGGCGAUGCAGCGCCGGCAGCAGGACAGGCUGGCGCAGACGGCGUCAAUCCGCAGGUAGACGCCCAAGGACAACAAGUGGACCGACAAGCAGGACAGCAGCAACAACAACGACAAGAACAGCAACCAGCUGCCAACCGGCCCCGGGUGUUCAAUCUAGGCCCUCUACGUCUAGGUUUCGGGGCCAACAAUGCCCAAGUGGAGGAGUUGGCUCGACAGUUUGGCAUGGCACAGCCAGCCCCAGUACCAGCCGCGAAUGGCGCUCCAGCCCAAGCUACCGCUCCUGCUGGUAUGGCACACUCGCAGCCAACCACUGGCGAUAACCUCCAGAACGCCGCGAGCCUGUUGCAGCAGGCUGAACAAGCGCUUCUCGCAGAGCUGAACGUCUUGCGCCAUAGGCAACAGGAGCUACAGACCAGCCAACUCCUGAUGGCAGAACUCCAGCGGUUACGCCUGCGACAACAGGCAGAUCAUAUCGCGCCGAGGCCUGCGACCUUUCCACAUGUGCCGUUUGGGGCCAUGCCGGCGAUGCCCCCGUCGAUGCCCGCGGCUCCCCCAGGCUAUCCAGGUAUCCCGACGCGCCUGAACAGCCCGAUCUUGGGCCGUCACGGGACAUCGGAGUAUCAUACGUCCAUCCCCUCCGGCAGCCCCGAGCUUCCCGAAGGUGUCACUAUCCCUCCGGGCUGGUCACUGAUGCCGUUGCAGAGGUUGGAGAACGGGUUGUUUGCAAGGCAGCCGUCCCCCCAGCCAGGCUCGAUGCCGACGCAAAGCGAUUCUCUCCUGUCAGAAGUAGCGCCUCAGCGCUCCGUUUCGGAAGGCGCAUCGAGGCAUCACGAGUCUCCUGCCACCAACGGCCACGCUUCUGUACCCGGUUCGAAUGAGCCUGAGCCCGAUGGCACACCGAGCAACAACCAUCUCAAUGCACAACCAACACCAGUCGUCGUGAGCCCGAGCCCCGUAGCACCGAGCUGGGACUUUGGCAACCGCGCAAGGUUAGAUCCGGAGACGACCUCCGAGGCGGGAUCGACAUCGACAAGUCACGAAACACCAGCACCGAAUGGCGACGCAUCGUCGGAAGAUAAGGGCAAAGGCAAGGCUGUCACAGUGGAGGAGACGUCAGAUGAUGACGACAAUGGAGAGCCCAAGACCAAGGAUACAUGA